AUGCCAGCUGGUCCACCAAAAAUUAUUAUUACUGAUCAAGAUCCUGCAAUUGGAAAGGUCAUUUCUCAAAUGUUUCCAGACACCAAAGAAGAGUUUGAUGCACGGUGGAUAGAGGUGAUCGAUAAAGGUAAAUUGAACAACAAUGAGUGGUUCUCUUCAGUUUACGAAAUGCGUUCAAGAUGGGUGCCAGCAUAUGUGAAACAUGUAUUCUCAGCAGGAAUGUCGGCGAGCUCACGAGCUGAAGGUGACCAUGCAUUUUUCAAAACUUAUGUUUCAAAAGAUAAUACUUUAAUGGACUUCAUACUACGGUUUAAUAGGGGGCUUGCUCACCAACGUCAUGAAGAGUUAAUUGCUAACCAUGUUGAUGUCAACCAAAGACCUGUGUUCAAAACCCCAAUGAUGAUGGAAAGGCAUAUAUUGGCAUAUAUGAAAUGGAAACAAAUUGAGUAUUUGCCUGAUCAAUACAUUCUAAAAAGGAGGACCAGAACAACUAGUUCAGAUUUGGUGGUUGAAGAGCAUGAUAAGUAUAUAUGUGAUUUUGGUGAUGAUUCAUUGCUAAUGAGGCAAACAAUAUUGUCCAAAGUUGCUGCUGAGCUGAUUGACGGGGCAUUGGUAUCUAAAGAGGCAUGCAAACUCUUGGAAGAGAAUUUUGAAAGCAUGAGGAAAAAGAUAAAGUUUGUGGUUGAUAGUAGUACCACUGUUAGAGGUAGUGAAGAAAAUGUUACUGUUGAUUCUUGUGGAGGCUGUGAUGGAAAUGUAAUUACUAAUACAGCUGAAGGCCAUGAGACCGAUCAAAAUGUUGUUCAUUGUCACCCACAACAGUUGAAUGAUCCACUUCCAGUAAGGGCAAAAGGCUGUGGUAAAAGGUUAAAAGGAGGAAAAGAGAAGGCAAUGGCCAAAAAAGGCCGUCAAUGCAGCAUCUGUAAACAGGUUGGACAUAAUAAACAAAAGUGUCCAACUCUUAAUAGUCAGUAA